ACGAGCGGAAACGCACUCCCAGCCCGAGCCCCGCUGGGGAGGGCGCGGGGCGAGGCGCCCGCGCGGCGUGAAUAUUCAGCAGGGGUGGGGCCCGAACAAUGGCCGGCCGGCGGGCAGCGCGGACAGCGGCCGGGACGCGGCGGGUGGCUGGCGGGGCGCUGGCGGAAAGGGCCAGAGUAGGGAUGGGACGGACCGGGACGUCCGCGGUGAGGUGCCGAGGGCUACGUUUGUGACAGGCUUGUAGGUGCGGAAUUCGUUGAGCAUCACCUGGCCGCCGGGGCCCAAGGCUUUCGGGGGAAACAGAACCCAAAACAGCGCUGUCUUCCUUACCUCCCUCAGUAGUGGCCAGCUAACUUAGAAAAUAUCAUCAGGACCAGAUCAAGAGGCCAGCCAUGACUGACAUGGAUCACCUGGAUUUGUCCUAAUUCUUGGCUACAGGCAGCUCCAUGAGAUCCUUUCCUUCACUCAGUAUACAACUUCUUCCCAUUUCCACAACUGUUCUGAGCCUACCCGAAGAGGGAACAGAAGGCUGGCUGAAGACAAAGCAUAAGCUGACACCCUGCAACCUCUCCCCAGCCCCGACUCUCUAGACAUGACUUUUGACUCAGUUCCGAGAUCAGGUUUUAUUUAUUUAUUUGACAGAGAGAGACACGGCGAGAGAGGGAACACAAGCAGGAGAGAGAGAAUGCAAGUGGGGGGAGGAGCAGAGCGAGAGGGAUGAGCAGACUUCACACUGAGCACAGAUCCCGACACGGGGCUCAGUCUCAAGACCCUGAGAUCAUGAACUGAGCCAAAAUCAAGAGUUGGACACUCAGCCGACUGAGCCACCCAGGACCACUGGGUACAAAGAAGCAGAAUAUUUGGUAAAUGAAGCCUGGUGAACAUGGAGAGAGAACCAGCUCUCAGAAGCCCAUAGUUCUGAGGAUCGGGAAUGGGAUUCUGAGCAUGAAACGGAGACCCUGGAAAGUUCUGGUCUCUUGUACUCAGAAGGAUUCUGGUUUUCUGGAUUUACUUAGGAAGAACUUAAGAUCUUGGGUGUCACUCCAGCACCCUCUUUCGGGAAAGUUCCCCGUACUUGCUGUGAAGGAAAAGUGCUUCAAGAAUUCAGUCCAUCACAGAGCAGACCCUAUCAGAAUGAUAGGCACAUUGUAAUUGGCAAAUGUUGGAAGGAAUAGCUGAAUGAAAGAAUAUUCAAGAAGAAAAUGCUAAAGGAGAGCAAUUACACAAUUGGGAGGAGGUUUUCCCUGUUCUCGUUCAGAAUUCUGAACAAAAGGAUGCGACAUUAUCUGCAAGGAAAUGUGUGGUCAAAUAGCCAGAGAAGAAGAGAACUCUUCAGUUCCUUGAUGUCCUCUUCAGCCUCCACAUACCUGCCUGAGGUCCUCCAUGUUAGUCAGGAGAGGUUGGUUGACAAUUUCUGUAUCUGUGAAGGGUACAGUGUGCCUCGCUGCCUGAUGUAUGAGAUUUAUGUGGAGACCUGCGGUCAAAAUGCUCAGGACCAAGUCAACCCAGCCACAUUUGGGAAGCUUGUACGUUUGGCUUUUCCUGAUCUUGGCACCCGGAGGCUAGGCACGAGAGGAAGUGCCAGAUAUCAUUAUGAUGGAAUCUGUAUCAAGAAAAGUUCUUUCUUCUAUGCCCAGUAUUGUUACCUUUUGGGUGAAAAAAGGUAUCACAGUGGAGACAUCAUUGGCUUUGAAAAAUCUACUAAUUAUAACAGCAUUAUCCAACAAGAAGGAACAUGUGAAAAUCAUUCACCGAUAAGGACAGAUCCAGUUGGAUCCCCUUUGUCUGAAUUCAGGAGAUGUCCAUUCUGGGAGCAAGAACUGGCAAAGAAGUAUUCCUACAAAAUGAUGGCCUUUCUUGCUGAUGAAUACUACAACUAUUGCCAAGAUAUUUUACAAAACGUGAGGAACCAAGAACUUGAGAGGGUGGAGGACUUGCUCACUUCCUUCUGGAAAUCUCUGCAGCAAGACACAGUCAUGCUUAUGACAUUGCCCGAUGUGUGCCAGCUCUUUAAAUGCUACGAUGUGCAGCUGUACAAGGGAAUUGAGGAUGUUCUCCUUCAUGACUUUUUGGAAGAUGUUUCUAUCCAGUACCUGAAGUCUGUCCGGUUAUUCAGCAAGAAAUUUAAGCUGUGGCUACUUAAUGCAUUGGAAGGUUUUCCAGCCCUUGUACAGAUCUCUAAACUCAAAGAAGUUACUGUGUUUGUCAAAAGACUAAGAAGGAAGACAUACCUUUCCAACAUGGCAAAGACUAUGAAAAUGGUGUUGAAAAAUAACAGGAGAGUCAGCAUUUUGAAGUCAGACCUACAGGCCAUCACCAGUCAAGGUGCUUUGGACACGUCUAAGAAAGCCCUGCCAAGUAACCCAAGUAGUGCCGCUGACCUGGAGACACACGCGGAGAUGAAAUGUUUAAGCAGUUUGAUUUCUUUGCUGGGGACAUCCACAGAUCUCAGCAUAUUCCUGAAUUGUCUGUCUUCAAAUCUCCAAACAUUUGUCUUCCAGCCCAGCAGAAGCAAAGAGGAGUUUAUCAGAUUGGCCGCCAGCUUCCAGCUAAGAUGGAAUUUCCUUCUCACCGCCGUGAGCAAAGCCAUGACUCUCUGCCACAGAGAUAGUUUCGGCUCUUGGCAUCUGUUCCAUUUGCUGCUUUUGGAAUUUGUGACUCAUCUACUUCAGUCAUGCAUAGAAGAGGAAGAGGAGGAUGACGACGGGGGACAUCUCAAGGAAAGGCUACCAGAUGAUCAGUCUCUUGUCCAGCCAGACCAGGCAUCUCUCCACCCUCCAGAUUCCUCUCCAUCUCAGGAGUAUGAAAGCCCAAGUGUGGAUCCACACUGGGUGACCCUGAAACACAUGGGCCAGAGCCAAUGUCCCAUGGGUGUGAGCAGUGUGGUUCUCAGGGUCCUGGGCUUCCUGGUGGACAGUGACACGGGCAAUAAGCUCAUCCAGGUAUUAUUGGAGGACAAGGCCGCAGAAAGCACGGUCAAACUCAGCCUUCCUGUGGGACAAGAAGCCCUUGUAACCCUAAAAGAUGGACAAAAAUUUGUAAUUCACAUAUCAGAUGUACCCCAAAGCUCUGAAAAUAUUUUUUUUCAGGGAAAGCAAUGCAAUAUAUGAUUAUUUAUUUGAAUAGGACAUGAGAAAACAUAGAUUUUCACUCUUAAAAAUAUAUUAAAUGCUAAAGCUUUUGUAUUGGUAGGAAAGAAGAUUUUAUGUACAUAAUAGAGGUAGCAUUGUAUGUAUUGUGUUUAUAUGUAUUUCAAGGAGUUAGUUUUGAUGAAUCAUAUAAACUGAUUUGGAGAAUAAUUUUUGCCUCUGAUGCUUUUCUUCGGGGCUUUUCAGGUGUGUUUAUUGGGAACUUAACAGAAGAGAAAUUUGAGAAAUUUUGUUGGGAGUAGAGAAAUAGAUCUCUAGAGAAAGAUAAAGUUUUUUGUUUUUUUUUAAGAUUUUA